AUGAGCGCAGUUGGCUCGCCAUGUCAUGGCGCUUCCCCUCCCCGUCCGCCAACACUCGUGGCUGCCGCAUUCUCAGCCGCACCACACUGCGCGCGUACCGUAGGCCGUCCAUCGCUCCCGGGCUCUCUCUUCCUCCGCCCCCGACUCUCCGCGCCUCGCCACCCUUGCCUCCGCCCAUCCCGCCCCAUCCGCGCACCUCCUCCCGCGGCUGCGCUCGACGGGCUGGGCGCGGUGUACGGGCAAACUCGCGGACGCGCUGCUGCACGGGUGAGUGCCGCCCGCUGCCAUCAUCUUUCCAUUAGCGCUUUAUGCGGGGUGCCGCUGGGCAUGGACGUGACUAUAGCGAGCGUGCAUCACGAGGUGGCGCAGCUCGCGGCGUCCGCCGGCAUUCCACUGGACGACCCCGUGAGUGCCCUCGCGCCCCCCCACCUCUCCUCCUUCCGUCCCCUUCAUCCGCAAUCCGCGCGUCGUUGCGCCUCUUGCUUGCGCACUAACGUGCUGAGGCGAUUCUCCCCCUCGGAGGUGAAGGUGGGGCGACAGCUGGGGCACGGCAACUUCGGCGUGGUCUACGAGGCCACCGUCGCCGGGCCGCGCGGGCAGCCGCAGCGCGUGGUGGUGAAGCGCAAGGCGGCGGGCGCGGGCGCGGACGAGAUGCAAGACGUGGAGCUGUUCAUGAACCACCGGCUGCAGCGUACGGUGCCAGGAGUGGCGGCCAAGUUCCUGGGGACGAUGGAGGUGCAGCCGGGGAACAAGCUGCAGGAGCACCAGGGCGACAGCACGCUGGACCGCCACCUCAAGGACCGCCAGUACCCCGCACCGCUGGCCGCCAUGCUGCUGGGCGUGCAGGGGGACGCGGGGGGGUGGUCGGAGGAGCAGCGCAUGUGGGUGGAGUGGCAGGUGGCGCAGACCGUCAUGCGCCAGAUCCUCUCCAACCUCCGCGCCCUGCACCACGCAGGUCCGCCCCGUGCCCCUUCCGUCCCCCGAAGCCCCCCUCUUCCAUGUUCUCUUGCUUGUCGCCGUGCUGCUCCCUCCAUCUUCUCCAUGCACACGCAUGCACCCCAUUCACCGAGUGGUGCACUGCACAGGGACGUGAAGCCGGCCAACCUGGUGGUGCACCCCAUUCACCGAGUGGUGCACCGGGACGUGAAGCCGGCCAACCUGGUGGUGGACGAGGGCGAGCGCCACCUCUGCCUCAUCGACCUCGGCGCCUGCGUUGACCUGCGCUCCGGCCGCAACUAUGUACGUCCCUCACUUACGCCGCCCCCGAGCGCUUCGUCAUGCCGCCCGCCACCACGCCGCACCUGCCGCCCGAGCCCGCUGGCAUCGCUGCUGUCGCCGUUCAUCUGGGUGGCCAACUCCCCCGACCGCUUUGACGUCUUCUCCGCUGUACGCCCUUCCCCUGCUGCCCUUGCUGGACGUCCUGCCCCUGCAACCUCACCUUCUCUUCCCACUGCCAGUAUGAUUGAUUCCUCAUUCCAAUUACCCCUUGCAAUGCCUAACUUGCUCUAUUUCGUCCUUCCUUCCUCACCAUGCUCACAGGGCGUGGUGCUGAUGCAGCUCUCCCUCAAGUCGCUGCGCCAUGAAGCCAACCUGGAGGGGUUCAACAACGAGUUGAAGCGGUGCGACUACGAUCUGAGCAGGUGGCGGAAGAAGUUCCGCCCCGCCAGCGCUGACAUGGCCGUGCUCGACGCCCAUGGCGGAGCGGCGUUUGACUUGGCAAAGCAGCUGCUGCAGAAGCGACCCAACCACGACCACGCCGUGUGGCCCAGCGGGGGAGAGGGCGAGGAGGGCGGAGCGGGGGGAGCAUGGGGAGAAGGGGAGAAGGUGCAGGUUGGGGAGGAUGCGCGGGGGAGACACAAGGACGUGGGACGGAAGAAAGGCCUGGGUGCUGUGGAGGUGGCGGCAGGAGGUGCCAAGGCAGGCGAGAGGAGUGACGGCGUGAGAGGGCGAGGGGAGGCAGGCCACGCAAGAGGGGAUGUGCGAGGAGGGAAGGAGGCAGCGGCACAGGGAGGAGGUGCGAAGGAGGGCAGUGAGGUGGGGAAGGGGUUGCUGGUGCAUGCGCUCAAGGCCGUGGUGCCGCCUCCCACCGCCCACCACCCCCAGCCCCCCCCUGCACGCCCCCACUGCUGGCGGGGCCAAGGCAAGGCGGGCAGCACCGGCGCGGGCACGUGGCGACAGCGUACGUGCUGGGGUCGCUGGUGGCCGGGCUCGCCCGGGUCGCUGGAUGACGACAAGAGCCGCGGCGGGGGUGAAGGGGAUGCAGGCAUGAGGCGUGGUGUGGUGGGCAGCGAGGCGGAGGCGGGUGAGGGUAAGGAGGCCACGGGAGGAGGUGGGAAGGAUGAGAGAGAUGGGGAAAAAAGGGAGGUAGAGGGCAGGAAGGAUGGGAUGGAGAACGAAGCUGGGCGUGUGGUGGGGGGUGGUGCAGAGAGCAGCGGGUGCGACAGCGACGGCAGUGAUGGCAAUAGCGUCCUCCGUGUGGCGCGACAUGGCCACCCCUCGCCCGCCCCUCCCGCCCCCACUGCCCGCAGCAGCCCUGUGACAGCAGUGGUGGAGGCCAGUGAGCAGGGCAGUGGGAGGAAGGGGGGGGGGAAGGAGAGGAAGGAGCAGGAGAGGGUGUUGCAAGAGGCAGUGGAAGCAGCAGCGGAGGAGCGGGAACGGAUUCUGAGGGGGGUUGUGGGGAGUGAGGGCGGCAGGCAGCAAGAGGGGGGUCGCCUGUGGAGUUGCAUGCAGUGGCGGCAGGUGGAGCGGCAGGUGAUAGCAGAGGAGCUGCUGACGUCAGUGGGCGAGCUGGGGGUGCAGCUGGGGUCACUGGAGGAGUCGCUGCAGGCGGGCCGGCAUGUGGCAGCAGAGCAGCAGCAACUGCUCACCCGGGUCAGUGCUGUGAGAGCCACGCUUGCCAAGACCAGGAACUGA